GUGUGUUUUCUUUUAGGUCAUGUAGGAAAUCGUAAAUCAUGUGAAGAUGGGACUCUUGGUAUUUGUGCGCAAUCUGCUGCUAGCCCUCUGCCUUUUUCUGGUACUGGGAUUUUUGUAUUACUCUGCAUGGAAGCUACAUUUACUCCAGUGGGAGGAUUCCACCUUGCAGUUGAAGGGCUUGGACUGAGUGACACCAGAUUUGAACUCUCUGAGCACAAGUAGUUUUCCUUUGGUUCUUUGGUCUGAAGGCUGGUCGCAGGAAAUACCAGGUGUAGAAACAGGCUUCAAAGAGGCUUAGUAAUCAAGUUUGUCUGUCUUUCAUCUGAUGAGGAGCUUAGAGGGCAUUUCCAAGUUUGAAAAAGAGGAGAGGACACAGGGCAAACAGCUGCCCCCAAGAUUGGAGAGACAAGCGAAUACAGAGCCUCAUAUAGAAACUGUACAGGAAUGAGUGGCAGAGUAGAAAAGUGAAGUACAUGCGUGAAGUGAAUGACAGCAGUGAUACGAGGAACAAGAAUAAUAAGAGCUUGGAAGCAACUGACAUGUUCACCAGUAGAGGCUAAGUUCAGCUAUCCUGUGGGAUGCUCUGCACCUGAAGAAUGAGGAGGCUUUGUAUAUGCUGAUGGAGUGGAGCGGUGUGGGGCACGUGGGAAGGGCGGACCGAGACGUUUGUCGUGCACGCCGAGGCUCACAGAGGAACCGGGGCCAGGACAGGGCCUGUGCAGCGACUCAGGGAUCAGAAGAGGAAGGGGACUCCAGGAAGCCCCUGAGACACAGAUGGAAAAGUUUAAGAAGUUAUUUCAGGACUGCUUGUGAGUACAAAGAAGAUUCAAUGGUUCUAUCCUUUGACUCCGCUGGACAAACUCUAGGCUCAGAGUAUGAUCGGUUGGGCUUCCUCUUGAAGCUGGACUCCAAACUGCCUGCGGAGUUAGCCACCAAGUACGCAAACUUUUCAGAGGGAGCUUGCAAGCCUGGCUAUGCUUCAGCCUUGAUGACGGCCAUCUUCCCGCGGUUCUCCAGGCCAGCACCCAUGUUCCUGGACGACUCUUUCCGCAAGUGGGCUAGGAUCCGUGAAUUUGUGCCACCUUUUGGGAUCAAAGGUCAAGACAAUCUGAUCAAAGCCAUCUUGUCAGUCACCAAAGAGUACCGCCUGACCCCUGCCUUGGACAGCCUCAGCUGCCGCCGCUGCAUCAUCGUGGGCAAUGGAGGUGUCCUUGCUAACAAGUCUCUGGGGUCACGAAUUGAUGACUAUGACAUUGUGGUCAGACUGAACUCAGCUCCAGUGAAAGGCUUUGAGAAGGACGUGGGCAGCAAAACUACACUGCGCAUCACCUACCCCGAGGGCGCCAUGCAGCGGCCUGAGCAAUACGAGCGCGAUUCUCUCUUUGUCCUCGCUGGCUUCAAGUGGCAGGACUUCAAGUGGCUGAAGUACAUCGUCUACAAGGAGAGAGUGAGCGCGUCGGACGGCUUCUGGAAAUCUGUGGCGACUCGAGUGCCCAAGGAGCCCCCCGAGAUUCGUAUCCUCAACCCAUAUUUCAUCCAGGAAGCUGCCUUCACCCUCAUCGGACUGCCCUUCAACAAUGGCCUCAUGGGCCGCGGGAACAUCCCGACCCUCGGCAGUGUGGCAGUGACCAUGGCACUACACGGCUGUGAUGAAGUGGCAGUCGCAGGCUUUGGCUACGACAUGAGCACACCCAAUGCACCCUUGCACUACUAUGAGACCGUGCGCAUGGCAGCCAUCAAAGAGUCCUGGACACACAAUAUUGAGCGAGAGAAAGAGUUUCUGCGGAAGCUGGUGAAAGCGCGCGUCAUCACUGACCUAACCAGUGGCAUCUGAAAUGGGCCCAGCACAUGGCCACAGAGGUCCUGGCACCGCCCAGAGCAAGCAGCAGCCGCCGCCACCUGCCCACUUCAUUGGCCUUGGUCUGGCUCUGCCUGAGAGGCACAGGAGCCUUCAGACCCAGAGAAGGACAGCGCGGAGUGGCCCAGGGGUGGCGAGGCCUUGGCAGGGCAGCCAGAGCCGUGUCUGCUCAGAGGCCAGCCUCGGCCUCACUCUCAGCCUGGAUCCUUGAAGCCCGAGCGCCAGGAGGCCACGGCGAGCCAGCAGGCCCAGCAUGCAGGAGGCGGGCGUUAGGCCGCAAGGCAGCUGCCGGAAUUAUUUCUCCAAUCAGUGUUUGUUGUAUUAUAAUUUUGUGAAUUUGGGUGGGGGGAGGGGGGAUAAUUUAUUUUUAAACAAGAUUGGAGAUGUCAAAUUUGGUCCGCUUGCCAUGCAGAAAGAAGCCCAGCAGAGGGCCCAUCAGGCAGUGGUGCGAGUGGGCUCCCUGGAGAGUGGGGUGCCAUGCUGAGCUGUAGCCUGCUCCGGAGCUACAGGGAGGUAGGCAGGAUCCAAUGCCAGCUCCCGCCAGCUCAUGACACUAUUUGGCCUUUCUUGGGGAGAAGAUGGGGUAUUCCCACACACCAGCCUCUAGCUGUCCCACAGGGAAACACUGGAGCUGUCCUUUAAGCCAACAAGACAGCCCCCGGGCUAGAGCAGAGAGACCUUCGGAGCUCAGGAGGCGAGGCCUGGCCCAGCCCGAGGGAAAUGGCCCCUCCCCAGCUGCUACUGAUCCAUAGGACAGUGCCCCAGGCCUGGGCUGACCGACUUGGCAGCUUCUCUGGGUCUGAGCAGUGAAGCCUUAAGCCUGGACCAGUGGGAAGUGAGGCUGAAGGACCGUACCCAGGCUGUGGCAGCCACCGUGGAAGCAAUAAAGCUCUUCCCUGAA